AUGGAUGAUAUUUCUGUUUGUGUGGAAGACCAUGCACAGCCAAUUGAGGAGACUGUCUCACAGACAAGAGAUUCUGCAAUGCAUUUUGCUUCAAGUGAUAUUAACCCAUUUAUUCAUUCAAGAACUACUAUGGCGGUUAACACAACAGUCCACAAAAAGCAAGCCUUUGGAAGUGCCGCCAAUAUAUCCUGCAAACACUCUCCACUCAAUAGUUCCAACAAGAAUAUGACAAGGUGCUGUAGUGUAGACAACGGCCUAAAUAUUCAGGACUCCCCUUUCAGUUCCCAUUUGAGUGCUUAUGUAAAUCAUAAAGGCCUCUCUAGCACACUGAGUAGUAAUGAAUAUUCAAGAGAUCAAAUUUCUUCUGAACCUCAGCUGAAGGCAGCUUCUUAUUCCUCUAGUGGUCCAAAUAAGCAGACCUUAACAGCUUUGAAAUGUGACUCCUACAAUGGUGCCUCAGAGGAGUUACGCCACAGUUCUGGUCAUGUUGACGAAAUAGUGCUGGUCUACUCCUCUGAGUAUGAAUCUCAGGAACGUCCGAGACCAAGCAGGUGUGAUCAUGCCACACAAACCAUUGAGGUUAAUAAGGAUCUUAAAAGAAAGUGCCGUCAUAGAAGAAGCAGCACCCAGACACCAGUGUCUAAACCAGUGAAUGGUGCCCCAACCACAUGGACGAGUCUACAGAACAUGUCUGAACAUCUCUCUGACCUGAUACACAACACCUCUGAUCUUCUGGGGAAUAUACAGUGUAUGCGAAAUGGGGAAAAGCCACCAAAAUAUGACCAUCCUAAACAAUGUUUCCAGGUUUCACCUGGAAGUAUUUACAAGAGGGACUGUUCUACACAAACUUCACUGGACAUUGGAAUCCAGACAGAGAAUGCUCCAAUGUCAAAGAACGCUGCGGCCCAUGAAGUAAAUGUUAUUGUUAAAGUCAUCGGCUCAGAUAUUUGUAAUGUGUCCCAGCUUGGUGGUGAUACCAAGAUCUUGAAGAAUAAAUCCGAAAGUGAACAGGUCUUUGAUAGAAUUAAAAGUCUUCCUGAUUUACGUCCGAAAAGUUCAAAGGUCACUGAGAGUCAAAAUUUUCAGAUUCCCCACCAAAAGCUUCUUUCAUUAGAGACUAUUGUGCCAAAUCCGGGUGCUCCCAGUUUGGAAGCAUUUAAAGGUAACACGGUAGGUAAUUCCUGUGGGAAGUCUUCAACCAGCUACCUUGGAGCAAAACGCUCUUAUAUGAAGCAAGAGGAGAAGCAGACUUAUCACAGAAGUGUAGACCUAAGGAAUUGCUUUAAUAAACAAAUUAUGCUCAUGGAUCGUGCAUGCUCCCCUAUCCUUACAGUGAAGGCUGCAAGAUACACCCAGCAAAGACAAACAACCCAGGGUUUAACAAACCAUAAAACUGAGGGACAGGAGAAACAGCACUCAAAUAUAUACAACGUCCCAUUGAAAGGUCAUAAAACAGCAUCAACAUCAGUGUCAUCUGUGACCUAUGAAAACCUGAGUGACCUUAGUUGUCCAUAUCCUGGUCCAUCUGAUGACUUCUCAAACAGCAUCUGUCCCAGCAGCAACUGCAUGAAAAAUGAGAGAAAUGAAUACUCUCAUGAAGUUGAAGACAGGGUAAUAAGUAAACUCACUAUUAAGCGUUCCCAUUCUCAGCCACAAAGAAUGUCCCUCUCACCUCCAAGCAGUACCACUGGUGUCCAACUUGCAUCAUCUUCAGAUAUUGCCAGACAAUCUAAAAUGGAAACCUUAGAAAGAAACCAUCAUUUGUCAGCUGUGAGUCACAGGUCAUCUGAGUAUAUAAUGAAACGCUGGGAUCAUUCAAAUCAAAGUGCUGUGCAACAGCAGGAAGAUGACGUGAUGUCUCUGGUGCCAAGCGAGUGCAACACAGAUGUUCUGGUCAGCAUCAAUCCUCUGGCAGAGACUAGCAUGCUCAAAGAACAUCACUGGAUGCCUGAUGAUCUGCCUAUGCACAACAAAUUUACUAACUGGUCUGGCAUCAAUCAGCAGCCACCAUCAACACUUAGUAAAAUACACAGACCAACUGGACAGCACUUCACAAAGCUCAGCCCCAGUUGCUGGCAAGAGCCACCAGAGAAAACGGACAGGAGAGCACAAGAAAUUGAGAAGCUGAGGAAAGAACGUGAGCGAGUUUUAGCCUCUGUACAUAUGGAUAUGAGCCCUCAUCAGCUGACUGUUGAACUCACAGAGGCCAAGCUGCACUACGGCCAAGGAGAAACAGACACUUUGCUUAAUAUUCUCAAGACCGGUACUAAAGAGGCAUCUUCAGCCUGGAACAAACAGGAGCUCCUUAACAGGCACAGGAAGAGCAUUGAAAGUUUAAGAAAAGAGAGAGAAGCCCGUCUCCAGAUGUGCCGUCGGGCUCGGAGCCUCAGUCCCGGUAAGCAUCCGAUCCCUGUAAAUUACGAGGAACCAUCUCAAAGGGUUUCAGACCUGCCAAGCAGACGCAGGGAAUAUCUGCAACAGCUCAGACAAGAGAUUGUCGAAACCAGCAGAGUUCCUGAUCCACCAAGGAGGGAGGGUCAGUGUCCAUCUGACAUUGAGAUUCUCUUGCGCGACUACAGCCGAGCACGCGAGGAGGCGAGAGCGGAGAUCGCACGUGCACGAGACCGACUCCGUGAGAGGACCGAACAGGAGAAGAGACGACUACAGCAGCAAGCUCUCUCGCAGGCAGUAAAGGAUGAUCUGCGGUUUCGCACACGCGUUAGUAACAGUACCUUAUGUAGUGGUUCCAACCUGAGUCUUUCAUCAGGGCCCACUUCAGGGUACAACAGCAGCAAUACUGCCUUACUGAAAGACAUUACCUCACCAUUAAUACAGGUGAACGGAGUGUCAGAAUUCAAAAUUAGGACUAGGCCUCCGGUGAUCCCGUUGCAGACUUCAAAAGCCCAGCGCAGAUGGCUUUCAGUCCAGGAUGUCAGCCUGGAGACAUCAGUCACUGGAUAUGAGCCUGAGUCUUCCUCCACUCCAUCAUCUCCUCCCUUUGCUCGACAACGCACUCUCUCCUUUGGCUCCCCUUCUUCUAUAUCAACUUCAUAUCAGGAUAUCGCCGACUGUACCCUCGCCAGUGCUAUUUCAGAAGUAUAUCUGGCUUCUGGUGGAGAUGUGAGAAAUCUGCUGGCUGGAAAGGCGGCUGCUGGUUGGAGGCAUCAGGGUGUGGAGAAAGGCAUUCAGGUCUUUCACAAGGCUACUUCCAGACCCUCCGCUCAUGGGUUUCUUGGAGCAGUAGAGCUGGAGAGACCUUUGGCCAGUCUGUGGUCUAUAGUUCGAGAUCACUCAAAGACUCACCUCUACCACGAGUCUAUUAAAUCUGCCUGGACACGACCAUUGGACCAAAGCACACAACUAGUCUAUCUUUUGACGGAUGUGUCCAACUGCCAGCUUAAACAGCCACGGGACUUCUGCUGCCUCAGUACAGAAUCUAAACAGGAUGAUAUGUGGGUGCUGGCCAUGCAGUCUGUAUUCGAGGAGACACUGCCACGUCCAAGUAUGGACACUAUUCGUGGUGAGAUUCUACCCAGCGCGUGGAUCCUUCAACCCAGCCAGCGUAACGGUCGAGAAGUUGUCACUGUCGUCUACUUAUUACAAGUGGAUUUGGGAAGCCCGUCCUUGGCACCUAGACUGCUGAAUACAGUGUCUAGGAAGCAAGCAGCUGUCAUAGCAGACCUCGAUUCUUUCUUCUCUUUAUGACAAAUCAGGUUACACAUGCAGCAACAAGCACUUAACACUAAAACCUGAAGGUUUUUGCUCAGAUUUGCACCUCAUGUUCUUGCUCUUUACUUGAUUCUUUUUUACAUAGCACUGAUGGUAUGAUUUUAUUGUGUAACACAUUAUCUUGCCUUAUUUUAUCUUGUCUUAAUAUUUGUUAUGGGAUAACUUUUCCCAAUGUGCCAAAGUGUUGAUUAUUGUAAAAAGAUUAUAAUACUUUGAUUGAUCAAAGUAAAAUCCCAAAGCUAUUUUUUCGUGCAUGUAUAUAGUUAUCACUUUAUUAUCAUUUGUUAUAGACUAAACUAUGCAUAGCUCUGUUAUUUGUGAAAAGGGAUAUUCACAUCAAAGCAAUGAAUCAGCUGUAUUACAGUAUUCUUUUAAUGCAUUGCAUCGUCUUAAGCUACUUUCAGAAAUAACUAGUAUGUAAAACUUGAACUUGUCAUCAGCUGCAGAGACCUUUUUCACUUUAAUUAUGUAAUAUGCAGUACAGUGCCUUUCAUAAACAUCAAUUUUUGCAAAUCUCUGUGCAAUUUCUUACACAAUUUAUGACAAGAUCUAUAUUGCCUGAACUAGGAUAGACUGACUGACAUAAAACUGUUAUUGACUGCAAUGCUAUUGCUGAUAUUGAUACUUUCAGUAUUGUAAUUUUUAUUUUUUUGUAAAAAUUGUAUGCAGUUUUUUCUUUGUUGUAAUGAAAUGCAAACAAAACUUUUUAAUCAUUUUUAACACAAACUGUUACACUUUCUAGUUGCUUCAGAUUGUAUAGAUUAUACACACAUUUGGAUUUGCAUUAAAACCUUUUGACACAGUGAUCAAGACAGCCCUUGCUCAAGCACUGUAGAAUGAUACAAGACCAGUGGUUUUAUUUGUAACACAGCUGAUCUGUAAAAUAAUUUUGCCACUGAAACAAACACAAAGUGCACUGUAUAAAUGAAGGAUAUUUCUUUUUUUAUGAACCCAUUAUGUUUAAUAUACUGUAAAUGUAUUCUAUAUUAUGUAAUCUAUUAUCUAAAUGUAAAAUAAUUUAUCAUUUGUACUGUUUUAAAAUGUUCUUGUCUUUUUGACUAUUCUUUUUUUUGUUUCUUUGGAAGAGCUUCCAAAAUCUUUAUGACUUUUAAUUUAUGAACCAGAACAUAUUUUUAUUAAAUAUAUUUGGCAUUUUUCA